GCGUGCAACGGGUUGCGCGCGGUGCCCCUGCCGCGAUGGGCCGGCGAUGCAGGGCGCUGCUGCGCCCCAGGGCCCGGCAGCUGGCGCUCGUCGGCGCCGCCGGGCUGGCGGCGCUCUGCGCGCUGCCGGGCGCGCCGAGGGCCGCCGUUCCCGCGCAGCCGAGCGCCGACGGCGGCGAGGAACCCGCCAUGGGGUUCGCCGCGGCCCUGCAGUACACGCAGAGCGCUAUCCUGCCGCUGCGAAAGGAGGUCGACGCUGGCAACAUCGUCGCGCAGUUCG